UGUUGCAAUGCUUCGGCGGAGAACAGAUACAUAUUGAAUACAUUACAGCAGAGCGGUUCCGUUUAUGGUGUUGGAAGGUUUCGUUACAAUGCAGACUGGUGUGUGUUCAUCUUAACCCCAUAACAAGUUGGAGUACAGAAUUGGUAUCUUGAAACGACAAACGAUUUCUUUAUUUGUUUCCUCUCGUUCGUGUGUACCAAUGUAUGUAGAGGGACUGUACACAUCCGCGGAGCACCUUUACGUGGAGUAAUCUGAAAGUUUAUUGGAUCGCGAGCCUGGCGACGACCCUUUAGUGUUUUGCAGACUCGACCAGAACGUUGUUUUCAGUGCGUGAGGAAGUGAGAGGACAGAUUAGACGAUACAUUGCUGACAAUGAACGUGGAAUUACCUCCAGUUGCAACAUGGCUGCUGCUUAGAUGUUUAUUGGAAAAGUUCAGCCCUGAACACUAAGAAAGUUUUAAAACAACCCACGUCGCAAAAGAGACGUUUUCUGGUUUAAUUCCGCUCUGGACAGGACUGAACUGGACUGGACAGGGAAUCCGGAGCGAGUGUAGCUCGCAGUCAUUCAGUUUAGUCCCUGCAUGACAGCAGAGGGCUUUCCGUGAACUCUCUCGCUUUUAACAGCAUUUUCAUCUUGAUCAAAGACUUUUAAACUUAAAGUAGAAAAUGCAUUUCUCCAUCCCCGAGACGGAGGUCCGUUCCGAUGAAAAUGGAUCGACAUAUGUGGCUUACAAUAUCCAUGUGAAUGGUGUCUUGCAUUGUCGAGUACGUUACAGCCAACUCCUAGGCCUCCAUGAACAGAUAAAAAAAGAAUAUGGAAAUAAUGUGGUGCCAGCUUUUCCACCAAAGAAGAUCUUCACCCUCACACCGGCUGAAGUCGAACAGAGGAGGGAACAGCUGGAGAAGUACAUGCAAGCUGUGCGUCAGGACCCCAUUCUGGGAUCCAGUGAUAUGUUCAACAGCUUUUUGAGAAAAGCUCAACAGGAGACCCAGCAGAUCCCCACUGAGGAGGUGCAGCUGGAAAUCUACCUGUCCAAUGGCCAGGUUAAAGUCAACAUCCUCACAUCUGACCAGACCGAAGAUGUUCUGGAGGCUGUGGCCUCAAAGCUUGACCUUCCUGAUGAGCUGGUGGGAUAUUUCAGCCUCUUCCUGGUUCAGGAGAGGGGGGAUGGGGGCUGCACGUACGUGAGAAAACUACAAGAAUUUGAGUUGCCCUACGUGUCCAUCACCAGCCUGCAUAGUCCCGACUACCGCAUCGUCCUCCGUAAAAGCUACUGGGACACAGCAUACGACAGUGAUGUCAUGGACGACCGCGUGGGACUCAACUUGUUAUAUUCUCAGACGGUGUCUGACAUAGAGCGGGGAUGGAUCCUGGUGAACAAAGAGCAGCACAGACAGCUGAAAUCCCUGCAGGAGAAAGGCUCAAAGAAGGAGUUCAUCAGAUUGGCUCAGACACUGAAGUACUACGGCUAUAUCAAGUUUGAUCCAUGCAUCACAGAUUUUCCAGAGAAGGGCUGUCAUGUUAUAGUCAGCGCUGGCAACAAUGAACUCAACUUUCACAUCAAAUUGCCCAAUGAUCAGAUGAAAGAGGGCAGCUUCAAAGUCACACGCAUGAGAUGCUGGCGGGUCACGUCAUCUCAGGUGCCUGUGACGAACGGUACCGCAAACCCAAGCAGUUCCAGUAAAUGUGACGUGAAACUAGAGCUGGCCUUCGAGUACUUGAUGAGCAAAGACCGUCUGCAGUGGGUCACCAUCACAAGUCAACAGGCUAUCAUGAUGAGUAUCUGUCUGCAGUCUAUGGUGGAUGAGCUGAUGGUGAAGAAAUCUGGCGGAAGCCUUAAAAAGCAGAUGCAGAAGAAGCGACUGAAUGGCUCGUUCCAGCGCUCUGACAGUCAGCAAGCUGUGAAGUCUCCUCCAUUACUGGAUUCCCCUGAUGCCAGCCGUGAACAAGUAGUCAAAAUCUCUACCAAGCUGUCUUCUGUCUCCCUGAGAGGACUUAGUUCUUCCAACUCAACCGGUGACAUCCGUGGCAAUGAUUUCCACGGAAACUAUGCCUUUGAAGGAAUAGGGGACGAUGACCUGUGAUGGAGCCGUCCUCAAAAACUGGACUAAAGGAGGCAGAUUUGUUUAGCGGUUUCUCUGUGCUGAGUGUAGUUCAUUAGAUGCCCAGUUCUGCAAUAUCGUAAUCCCUUUCUGAAAAAAAGUCACAUCAGGGGUCUCAAAAUGAGCCUGUAGUACAUAAUUUUGACUCAAGUCUCUCAUUAGUUUUAUGAGAGGCCUCAAAGACAAUGCUCUCUCAUUUAAAGUAACAAGAAUACGAUAAUUUCAGAUUUGAGGCAUAAUUGGAGACAAUUUCAAUGGUUAAAUUAAUACAGGCACCUCAGGGCAAGUUAUUACAUUCAAGAGAGACGUUAAUUUGAAUCUUGUGAUGACAGUUGCUGAAGAUGGGCUUUAUUUGGAUCGUACUUCCUUACUAGAGACACAAAACUGUGCUUUUUCCUCUCAAAUGUCAUAAACUGACUGGCACAAAAUUCCUGUUAUCUCAUUUUCUCUUGGCUGUUUUUGAUUGUAGUUGCUUACUAGAGUAAGAUCCAUACAAGAACAUUAUGUUCCUUUUAAAAUCAGUUGAGAAUAUUAUUUUAUAGAGAUGUGCUUUAUAUUGUCCAGUGUGCCAAUGUUGCUCAACCUUUUGCAUGGAGGCGACAAUAUGACCAAUAGCGUGGUAGAUCUCUGCGACCCGAUUCCUACUGCAUAUUCAUUGCAUAUCCUAAGUUCAGAAUUUCAAUGACCCUCUUUAUUGUGGCCUGCUUUCUCUCUGCCUUAUGCUGAUUCAGACGCCUUACAGUGUUAACUUCUCAAAUUUAAAUGUAGCGCCCGUCACAAUUUUGGUAACAAGCUUCUCUCAUUCUGGCCUGAAAUCUGGCUUUGUUUGGGGGUGUUCGGCAGGCCCGCUUGCACUAGCUGAACUCACGUCUUUUUUGCACAUUAUUAAGAAAGGUAGAUGGCUUGGGUAUUUAUUGAGAUAUUAACUGUGGGAAAACAUCCUGGAACAUUCGCAAGAGGUUUGUAGCUCUGUUUGUGUGUGUGUGUGUGUGUGUGUGUGUGUGUGUGUAUGUGUGAAUGCAUUUAGUUUCUGUUCGAUUAUUCAAACCAAUAUAUUAAAAAGGUUUCUCAUAAAUGCCAAAAUUAUAGUUCACUAAAGCAUUUUGCACAAACAUCAUGGUAAUGUCACUUUUAUAAAUGUACAUGGAAUUUUAAAAGUAUUCUGAAUAUUUACUAAUAUCUGUAUUAUCUCAGCAUAUUACAAGCAAUUACAGUUGACCAAAUAUAAUCCAGGCGAAUUAAAAAAUAUAUAAUAGAAGAUCAGAAUCUAACAUUAAUCAGUGUUUACAAAUUGUAGAAAACUAUUGAAAAACAAGUGUUUACAAAUUUCAUGUCUAAAUUUCAGUGAUUGUCUUCGUACACUUUAUAAAUUUUGUUUUGAAGAAUAUCAUUCCAGUCUUUCAUUUUAUUAUACACAUUUAAUCCAUUUUGUAUUUUCUUAAAUACAUAGUGCCAAUCAUCUCAGAGGACUGUGAUCACAUGGUGCUCGGGAAACGGCUGUAUUUCACUUUUAUGCUGGGGUUUUAACUGCAAUGAUAGUCAUACUGAAUGAAAUUCCCUUUUUCGUCAUCCUGGACAUAUAUAUAAAUGCAUAUGAUGCCUCCCAUGUGCAACAUAUGUUUAAUGCGAAGAUUGUUCUCAUGUCUGUGUGCUGUACGGCUGAUUAUUAUUUUUGAGAUGAUGACUGUAAUUUGUGAUUGCCAUGUUAAGUAUGUUCACCAGCAUCAUCAUCAUCUAGAAUGAAAAGGGUAAACCCUCUGUACUCUUAAAUCCUGUGCAUCUCUCUUAAAUCAGUAUGAUAUUUCAAAUUCUCACUUCAUUUUAUAUCCAAGAAUGGAAGUUAGAGCCUUCUGGGUUUCAAUAAAUCUAGGUGCCAAACAA